AUGGCUUCUGUUAGUCGGCCUACGCGUUAUUUUUACUUUCAUUAUCUCCUUUUAAGAUUCUUGGGCCUGGGCUGGUGGCACCAUCCUGAUGAAGGCGACACAAGGAACUUCCGUGGCUGGUACCUCUACUACUCGAUUGUAACGCAACUGGUCUGGGUGGUCGGCUUCGUCGGGCUCGAAACUAUCGAUCCUUUCAUCGGUGAGAAAGAUAUCGAUCGGUUCAUGUUCAGCCUCUCGUUCGUCAUCACCCACGACCUAACCCUCAUCAAGCUCUGCAUCUUCUACUUCAAGAACGAUCAGAUACAAGACAUUGUGCGCACUUUAGAAAUUGAUUUGUACAAUUUCUAUCAAAACAAUAGAAAAAAUCGAGCCACAGUAAGAAUCACAAGAAUAAUGACCGCAUCAUUCGUGUUUUUUGGUUGGAUAACUAUUGGAAAUACGAAUGUUUAUGGAACAAUAAUGGAUUUUCGGUGGAAAGCUGAAGUGGCAAAAUUAAAUGCAUCGUCAAUUAAGCCUCCUCGAACCCUUCCACAGCCCAUUUUCAUUCCAUGGGAAUAUCAGACAGACCAGUCGUACAUUUCCACUUUCGUACUUGAAACGGUUGGUUUGUUAUGGACGGGACACAUUGUUAUGGCAAUCGACACCUUUAUUGGGUCUGUUAUACUGCACAUGAGCUCGCAGUUUUCUAUACUGCGAGAAGCAAUAGUGACGGCAUACGAUCGCACUAUAACGAAGAUGUAUAUCAAUGCAAAACAUCAGUAUGAUUCUUUGGAAGCGGUGUCUUCAAAUGACGAGGAGAAUUCUUCAAUUGACCAAAGCACGCAGGAUGGGAUGGAAGCUCUUGUAUUGGCUCGCUUUUCAGAGAAAGAAGUAGAGUUGGCGCUGCAAGAAACAUUUAAAAAUUGCUUUCAGCAACACCAGGUACUAAUAAGAUGCGUCGAGAAAUUCGCGGAGACCUACUCGUACGGAUUCAUGACUCAACUUCUGUCUAGCAUGGCGGCCAUUUGCGUAGUAAUGGUCCAAGUUUCGCAAGAUGCUUCUAGCUUCAAAUCUAUUCGUCUGGUGACUUCCCUAGCAUUCUUCAUAGCUAUGAUAAUUCAACUGGCUAUACAAUGUUUUACUGGAAAUGAGCUCACAUUAGAAGCAGCUCGCAUCGCCGAUGCCGUGAUGCAGUGCAAAUGGGAGCGCAUGCCGCCGAGCCUUCGGAGGAUGCUCAUCAUGGUGAUGAUGCGAGCACAGCGCCCGCUCCGCUUGUCUGCUGCGGGUUUCGCUUACAUGAACAACGACUGCUUUCUCGCGAUAAUGAAGGCAGCGUACUCAUAUUAUGCAGUUUUGAGUCAGAAGACAAAAUAAAACACUCAAAUAAAUUCUCUUAUAUUAAUAUUUAUG